AUGAGCUCUGUCUGCACUGCCAUCUCUGAAUUUGGCUGGGACCUUUUCAAGGAAAUAAGCAAGGAUGGUGCUCAGAAGAACAUCUUCUUGUCUCCGUUUAGUAUCUCUGCAGCUCUGGCCAUGGUUGCGUAUGGUGCCAGAGGCGACACUGAAGCCCAAAUGGAGAAGGUACAUUUCCUCUACUGCUCUGAAGUUUUUAAUCACAGGGCCAAUUCACAUGUGCAGCAUCUUAGAAAAGUCAGAACCUCUCAGUACUAUAUGAGAAGUAACAUCUGUGUUCACAACCUACAGAAAUACUUACGAUGCACGAAGGAGCUGUACCAUGCUGGGUUGGAAAGCGUUGAUUUUGAAAAGGCACAAACCAGAGAGAAUAUUAAUUCCUGGGUUGCAAGUCAAACACAGGGUAAAAUCAAGGACCUUUUCCCCGAGGAUUCUCUUGAUCCUCCAAUUGCUAUGGUGAUAGUGAAUGCCAUCUACUUUAAAGGACUGUGGUCAUCCAGAUUUAAGAAAGAGGACACCAAAGCAGCACCUUUUAGAGUGGAUAAGAAUGUGAGCAAAAAUGUACCAAUGAUGUUUCAGAGUGGACGUUUUAAAUAUGCCGCCAUACAAGAACCACCUCUGCAACUGCUUGAGCUUCCCUAUGCUGGGGAAGUCCUCAGUAUGAUGAUCAUACUCCCCAAGGACAGUGAUGAGGGUGACAACUCUAGCAGUCAAGAGAAGCUUGCAAGUUUUCUUACCUACAAGAACAUAGAAGAGUGGUCAUCAAAGAUGUAUUUCCAGGAAGUGAAUGUGUACCUACCCAGGUUUAAACUGGAAGAGAAAUAUGAACUCAAGGAAACUUUGGAGUCAAUGGGAAUGACUCUCCUUUUUGAUCAAAGUGAAGCUGAUUUAUCUGGAAUAUCAGAGGAAAAAGACCUGAGUGUGUCUGAGGUCAUCCAUAAGUCCUUUGUGGAAGUCAAUGAAGAGGGCACAGAAGCAGCAGCUGCCACUGGUGUAACAAAUGUCUCAGCCCCAACGAGUGUACAAAUUCCUGUGGAGUUUAAGGCUGAUGAGACAUUCAUUUUCAUUAUACUUCAUAAUGUAUCCAAGUGCCCCCUCUUCAUUGGCAGAAUAGCAUCACCUUGA